AUGAGAAUUUUCUCGAUUGUUUCACUUGCUGCCUCGGCACUGGCAGCCAGCCGUACUACCGCUCCCUCUGGAUCGAUUGUUGUCGCUAAGUCGGGCGGUGAUUAUUCUACCAUUAGCGACGCCAUCUCAGCCCUGGACACCUCCAUCUCUGACACGCAGACCAUCUUUAUCGAGGAGGGCACCUACACGGAGCAGGUUUAUAUCCCUGAGCUAUCGGGCAAACUGAUCAUCUACGGCCAGACCGAGGAUGACACCUCCUAUUCUUCUAACACCGUUACCAUUACCUUUGAUUUAAGCUUAGAGCAAGUCAGCGAUGAUGAUGAGUCUGCGACGCUGAGGAACUGGGCUGCGAAAUCCAGCAUCUACAACAUCAACGUCGUGAACUCUUACGGGGAAGGCCAUCAAGCUCUCGCCCUCAGCGCCUACAACACCCAGCAGGGCUACUAUGCCUGCAACUUCACCGGAUUCCAGGACACCGUCCUCGCUGAGACCGGCGACCAAGUCUACGGAAAGUGCUACAUCGAAGGAGCCAUCGACUUUAUCUUCGGCCAGACAGGCAAUGGCUGGUUCGAUAGCUGCGACAUUGGCGUACUGAAAUAUUCAGAAGGCACUAUCACCGCCCAGGGCCGUCCCUCUAGCUCCGAUGAGGGAUAUUACGUCUUCAGCGAGUGUACUGUCGAUGCUGCGUCCGGCGAGGACAUCGGCGAAGGAACAUACUACCUGGGCCGCCCUUGGACCGAGUACGCGCGGGUUGUCUUCCAGAAUACCGUCCUCAGUGACGCCAUUAACUCCGCAGGUUGGAUUGAGUGGUCGAGCAGUGAGCCCAACACCGAGGACGUUCUUUUCGGCGAGUUCGACAACUCCGGAGAUGGCGCUGAGGGCACACGUGCCAGCUUUGCAACUACUCUCUCGGCUGCGAUUCCCAUCACCUAUAUCCUGGGCAGUGACUACAAGGACUGGGUUGACACCAGCUAUAUUUCUUAA